GAUUCCGUCCGCUGCAAAGCUGACGAGCACAACCUCUCUCGCGUAGCGGGGACUCGCUACGCUUCAAAAUACCUUUGCAGCCAGAGGGAGUGGGGAAUAGCCAGGCAGGCAAGGGCAGCGCAACAGGCUUGCGUUGCGGUCGCCGGCGGUGGGAUUAACUGCUGUAACACACUUCGAGGGCCACCGGUAGGCUACACGGAGGAACUCCAUCCCGUGCAAUGGUGAUGAUAGCGGCAACGGCGCAGAAAACUAACCUCCCGUCGGUGCUUCCGGUGCAGCAAGAAGGGGCGUCGAACUGCUUACAUUGUGCAACGCGGAGGAGAGCGGGAUCAUGCGGUGCGAGGUUUGCCCGAGUUUGCUGCAGCCUCCACGGUUGUGCGGUGCGCUCGCGCAAUGCUGCGCUAGUUGCUACCAGUUCCGAGCAGAGCGAAUCCCUGUCCAGUGGGCAUUCGUACUGGAAAAUCGUCGAGGUCCGAGGUAGCACUACAUGAAUGCUGAGGAGAGCACAAGCUUACGGGGCGGGAAUCGGCACCGAAAAAUAGUGCGAAGAUCGCAGCUAAAUAACUCGUGCUGCGAAUGCGUGCGACUGCACGAGGAGGAAUGCACCUGCAGAACGGAUCCGCACCGCAAAAACCCGGAGGCCGCAAGCCGGGCGCCCUACGCGAAUAGCGGCGUGAAGGCAGACGGUAGCGUCUCCAAGAGAACACUCGAGGGGAAGGCAGCCGGAGGUGCUGUGCGGGGGCGUGCUGCAUCCUUAUCGGCAGCGACCCAACAAAGGGAAGGCCGACCACCUGCUAGCAAACAUCGCCGUCGCACGAUGAGGACGGACAACCCUCUCGUGCCCGAGCUCCCGGGUGGCACACGGGCUGUCUUAGGGGCUCUCCGCGAGCGGCGACGGGCUGGCGGCGGAGCUCAGGGGAUCUAUCAAUAUCGAGACGGCGGGCGCCAUCCCGCUCGGCGACAAAUCAUGGAGUUCGAGGACCCCGGGUGCCUCAUUCUCCUCCGGUCGGGCGUGUGGACAGUCGACGAGAACAAGGACUUGUUCCGCGGGGGUACUCUCCCAUCACUGGACGGGGACGUGGAGUGGCUCGUGGCGGAGUUUGCGCUACCAUACAUGAAGGAGGAAUUGGUGCCCAAGUAUCCGUUGGGCACCGAUCCUUCCUUGAUGAACGGCAGCGCCCACCCCACCUCGCACCGUUCCUCGUUCUUAUUCGCUGCAGGGACAUUGGCCCGGCCUCUGCACGAGGGGGGCGAGGCGCUGCAGUGUGGGUUGUGCACUCCGAGGACCCAAAGUCGGUGUUGUUGUCGACUUUCCACGCACCCGAACGGAGAGUGAGGCACCCCUUCCCCGGAUGGCACGUGGACUGUCUUUGGAACUGACUCUCGUUGGACGGCAAGGGGCUGGCAGCGAAGCUCACGAGGUCCAUCGACCCGUUCGUGACGUUUUCUGCUUCACAAAGUGUACUACUGUAGAGUUGUGGUACUUUUUGCCUGUCACGACUUUCCCUCCUACGGAACAAAUUUGUGUCGAUACUUCAUUGAUUUUUUUACCCUCCAAAAAACACCUCUUGAGAGCCGUGGGGCGAAAUUGGUGACUGUUUUGAUAUUUUUGGCGAAAAAACUCAACCGAAGACACACUCCGCUCUAAUCGAGCUUCCGAGCUAGGUCCAUGGGUUCCCCUUGGUGGGACUUUCCUUGCAUGUACGAUGAUUCAUUUGUUACUUCUGGAUCUUGUCUGAAAAGUUAAUUUCUUCGAACGUAGCGGGAUGGCAUCUGUCUGUGCCUUACUUUGGUGUCGCUAUGCUUCCUUUUUUACCUUGAAGAGCAGGGGCAGAACGAGUGAGUGGAUGGAAGGCAGUUUUUUUUAUGUGGAGAGAGAA